AGCCGGCGGGUGCCGUUUCCCCGCUGGGCACUAGGGGUCUCUCAGGCGGCGGCCCGGCGCUGCCAUUGUUGGUCCGGCGCGCGGCCCGUGAGGCGCGGGCGGCAGCGGCGGGCGCGGGAGCAUGGAGGGGGAAACCACCUCGGCCCUGCUCUCCGGCUUCGUCUUUGGCGCCCUCGCCUUCCAGCACCUCAACACCGACUCGGACGCUGAAGGUUUCCUCCUUGGAGAAGUGAAAGGUGAAGCCAAGAACAGCAUUACUGACUCUCAGAUGGAUGAUGUUGAAGUUGUUUAUACAAUCGAUAUACAAAAACAUAUUCCAUGCUAUCAGCUUUUCAGCUUUUAUAACUCUGCGGGUGAACUGAAUGAGCCUGAACUGAAGAAAAUAUUAUCAGGUUGCAAAAAGAAUGUGAUAGGCUGGUACAAAUUCAGACGUAAUACAGACCAGACAAUGACAUUUCGAGAGAGACUUCUUCACAGGAAUUUACAGUCAUACUUAUCAAAUCAGGGUCUUGUCUUUCUGUUACUAACUUCCAGUGUAACUACAGAAAGCUGUUCCACUUACAGAUUGGAACAUGCUUUGCAUAGACCACAAGAGGGGCUUUUUCAGAAAGUUCCUCUAGUAGUUGCCAACUUGGGUAUGGCAGAACAGCAAGGUUACAGAACUGUGUCUGGCUCCUGUAUUUCUGAUGGCUUUGGCAGAGCAGUAAUAAAACACAGGUCAGAAUUUUUUUAUGAAGAUGGAUCACUAAAAGAGGUUCAUAAGAUUAAUGAAAUGUAUGCCACCUUGCAGGAUGAACUGAAGAAGAUAUGCUCUAAAGUAGAGGGCACCGAACGAUCAGUAGAGAAACUCCUAGCAGAAGUGGACCAACUAAAACAAGAAAUAAAAAGAAAAAAGGAGCAGACACAAACGUCAGGAGAGAACAAGUGUGUUUCAGAUGAACCAAAGGAGAAUGUUUUCCUUUGUCAAGCUUUACAAACAUUUUUCCCAAAUUCUGGACUUCAGACCUGCAUUGUUUCCUUAAAAGGCAGGCAGAUUUCUAAACACUGCUGUAACACGGACCACAAAAUAAAUGUAAUGGACAAACUGACUCUAAUGCAAGAAGACACUGACUUUCCUGAAGCUGGCACAAGGCAUAUAACCAAGCGUAAAGCUAGCGUGACCACAGCUGGACGAAAACCAUUCAAGAAAUCACGCUCAUUGCAACUUCACCAUAAGUUACUUAAAGAGGACCAAGACAACAGAGACCAAGAAGGAAAGCUUACAAUGAGUGGUACUGAAACAGAGGAGGAAACUUUGGAGAAACUUAAGGACACUAAUGAAUAUCCACAGUCGCCAACUUUUUAAUCCUUUUGGGCCAGGUGUAGGAUUUUCCUCAGGGUGACUACUGCUGCACCAAAAAACUGCUGCCAACACAUUUACUAUGUUCCAUCAAUUGACAGUAGGACUAAACUAAUGUAUUUAAGUAUCAUUUUGUAAAAAUUUUUAAAUGUAAAACAGUUUUUUAAAAUGCAGGUAUCUUAUUUGGAAAAUAUAGAGCAGAGUCCAGAUUACAUUCCCUCACUCUGCAUUCCCUUUCUCUCAGGGCACACAGUAGUAGAGUACAGACAUUGAAAACUGAAGAGCUGCUGCAACUGCAAGAGUUGAUAUGCUGUACCUUGCCUUUAAGUGAUGAUAUGUACUUAUUGCUAAGCUAUUGCUGAACAAGGCUACCACCACAUUUAGACUUUGCUCAGCACCAGCUGAAAUAUACAGUGCCAAAGCAGCUUGGUAUCAGGGUCUGCUACAAUGUUAUGUUAACAGCAUAGGUUGCUCUGUCUUACUCUAAUCACUUGCUCUCUUGCAUUCUGACCAUUUAUAUCUUGGGUUUUACUUGCAAAUUGCUCUCAUGAUGAGCAAGUUUAACUCCAUGUUUUCCCUUACUUCAAACUCAGAAAGGUAUGGAGUAGGGUCCUGUUGUAUUUUAAGAUCAGAUUAUAAUGCAGGAAAACAGCACACAAGUGUUUUGAGAAGUUUCCUACAGGUUUUAAGUUCUCUAUUGCAAACAUGGAGAACUCUCUCUUAAUGAGUGCUCAGUUCUGUUAUUUGUUAUAGCGUGUAAUAUGUUACAACUUCUUUCUGGCAGUUACAUAGAGGAAUGCCAAGCAUUUUGGGUAAGAGUAUAACGGACCGGAGCAUUCGUUCUAAAAUUGUUAGUAUUUUGUUACGGAUGUAAAGGUUCUGGUAGUAAUGAAAAUAUAAACAUUAUAAAUAACUUUAUUGUUUUAUACACAAUUUACAUAACUUACUCCGGAUGCCUGAUAUCACAAAUUUUGGGGUCAUUAAGAAAUGUUGGAUCCUUGUACACAACUGGCAUAAAUCCUGCAAGAAAUUAAUACUGGUAAGUGUUUAAAUAAAAAAAAAAAAUUUUCUACAAAAA